AUGGCGGAACAGAGCAAAGAUCACUGGCACUCUGGUAACUACCAGCACUCGGCGUCUUUUGUGCCAAAGCUGGCCGGCAAAGUGACUCAGUGGCUUGAUUUACAAAAAGACGAUGUUGUACUGGAUAUUGGCUGCGGCGAUGGCAUCUUGAAUCUGGAAUUCGCCAAGGUGCUGUCCCAGGGCAAAGGGUCCAUCCACGGCAUCGAUAGCUCCGCAGCCAUGAUUGAAGCGGCCAAGGAGCUGUGCAAGGAGCAUCCGAAUGCUACCUUUGAGGUUCUCGACGGGAACAAAAUGCACAGCAGCGCCGCGCUCCAGCAGGGAACGUUUACCAAGGUCUUUUCCAACGCCGCCAUGCACUGGAUCCUGCGGGAAGAAGCCACCCGCCAGCCCUUUUUCCGCGCCGUGCACGCCGCCCUCGCGCCCGGCGGCACGUUUGCCUUUGAGAUGGGCGGCCUCGGCAACAUCAAGGAGAUGGCGGCCGCGCUGCUCGUGGCCUGCGCACCGCGCGCGCCCGGCGGGAUGCCGGCCGUCGUGGCGCGCCACUACCCGUGGUUCUUCCCCGACGAGGCCUGGGCGACGGCGGCGCUCGAGGGCGCGGGUUUCCGCGUGGACCGCGUCGAGCGCGAGUGGCGCCCGACGGCGGCGGACAAGGGCGGCGUGGAGGGCUGGGUCAGGUUGAUGGGGAGCAUGAUCCUGGAGAGCGUGCCGGAAGGCGCCGAGAGGGAGGAUGCGAUCAGGGAGGCGGUCGAGGCGCUGCGGGUGGUGUGUGAUGAUGGACGAGGGGGGGAGAUGAUUUCGUAUGUGCGUCUCAGAGCAUUGGCUACAAAAGUGUAA